CGUGUGCCCGAACGCUCCUGGAAGAUUAUCUAUUGGCGAAGAAAGAAAAAAAAAAAGAAAAUGUCUGCAGACUUCCAAUCCAACCAAGGCGCUCUAUCUGAUGGCGACGCCAAAGCCGAAGAUGAAGGACUUGCCAAAUUAGACGCGUUUUCUGCUGCAGCUUUCGAUGACAAAGGAGGUGCAGCAUCUGGUUCUUUAGAUUCUAGCGCUCAUGGAGACUCAUCUGAUAUCAAUAUAGACGCUGUGUUUGGUGUCGAUGAAAGUUCAGCCUCUGCUGCUGAUGGAGGCGCACCUUCUGCUGCCGAAAUAGACGCAGCUCCUCGUGCUAAUGCAGGCGAGGAAUAUGAUGCCAAUUUAGGCGCAGAUUAUGCUGCUAUGGAAGGCGUAGCUUCUGGAAAUGCAGGCACACCUCGUGCUUAUGCAGGCAUCGGAUCUGAUUUCUCUUCAGACGCAGAUCAUGAUGAUUUUGAAGAAGCAGGUUCUGUUAUGUUUGCAGAUACACCUCCUGCUGCUUACGAAGACGUAGUAUCUAGUCCCCAUUUAGGCGCAAACUCGAAGGCCUUAGGCGCCGUCCGCAAGACACCGUCGCUUGCUUUUGACGAUUUAUCGUCUGGUUUCGAUAUGGGAACACAUUGUAGUACUUUCGACGACAUCGAUAUUGAUGCCAAUGAGGACGGCGCUUUUGGUGUGAACAUAAACUUGGCUUCUAAUGCCAAUGAAAUCGCAGCUUCUGCUGCGUUGGCAAACGCGCCUUAUUAUAAUGACGAUAAUGGGGCUUUUGAGGACGCAGCUGCUAAUGCUGCUGGCAGUAAUGGCGUUGAUCCGGACUCAGCUGCUAACGAUAGCUUCUGUGAAUCGCUGAUGGAAACUGCCUCCCGCUUGGCCUUGAUUUUACGCGAUGCCUUCUUUGAGAGGAUUGCCAACAACAGCAGCGAUGUUGGCAACAAUGGCGCUGCUGCAAACGAUGGCAAUGCCGAUGGUGUCCGUACAGUCAACGCUGCUCAGCUCGACGAGGGUAAUGCUGCCACUGACAUGGAUGAAGGCGAAAUGUUGGGAGCUGUGGGACCGCCACCGGAUCAGCCAGCACAGGUUCCGGCAAUAUUUGGUUCUUCACCGGCCGGCGCCGUUUUGUGUUUCCAACUCUGCCAUAUGCUGGCACAGGCUAACUAUCGCGGACCCGAAAUGUUCCGGGUGUUGUUUGAGGCCCAGCUAGACGAUAUUACAAAAUUAUCGCUAAACAAAUUGCAGGCCCACGUAGCGGAAUGCCAGCAGUUCCUUCAGUAUAUGGAGGAUGAAUAUAAAGAGGUGUCGACCAGACUGGUGGUGAAAUAUCAUGAGCAGUUGGCAGCCAUAAGUAUCGGCUUUGGCUUGCAGCCCGGACAGGUGCCGACAGAGCCCGAACAAGCUCGCGUCUACCACAAUCAAUAUGCGCGUAUUGUGUCGCAUUUAUGCGAUGACUUGGCCAUAAUCCUCGAUUUCUAUAACAUUGACGAUAUCGAUGAGGUCACCGGCACUGCCGACUUCAUCAAUGACCUCAAGAAGACUAUGGAACAGCAGAUGGUUACGCUUCUCAACUUAUACUCUAACUAAAACACAUUCUGCAGACAAACGCACCCUUAAAUAGAAAGAAUACAUGUUUCGAUCUACGAGUAUUUGCUUUCUCCGCUAGCAUAUACCAUAUACACUUUUCAAAAAAGGCGGAUGUCUUCAGGAUAUACAAAAUGCAAUAACAUAAGACAACACAUUCUGCUCGAAUGCGCUCUGAAAUCGGCAAACUUUUAAACAAUUAACACUAAGUCUAGGGUAGAAAGCAGAGUGCACCUCGCCCACACACACACACACGCACACGUACACUACAAUUGCCAGACGAGUGUUACAUGGCUCGAGGCACAAACACAAUUUGUAACAUUUUUCCAAACGGAUAAUGACGAACAUUUUAAUCAUAAAAUAAACCCGAGUCCCCUGUCUGGGCGACCCACGGA